CUGACAGUGACAAUCAGACGUAACGUGUAUGUUUUUUAUUUAUCCGAUGGACUAAUACAAGAGUAAUAGUGUUUUAUGUUCCUUAUUUAUCAUUUUAAAUAAAGAAGGAAAUAUGGCCAAUUAUAAUCCAAACGAUUAUGCGUGGCAAACUCAAAAUAGUCAAAACUAUUCUUUUGACACAACCGCUACGUUUACUGAUCCAGCUCAAACAUUGGACUUUCAAACAUUUCCUACAGAGCAACAAAACUUUUCAUAUGAUCAAGGACAAGGGUCCAUGCAAGCAAACAACAAUCAAUAUUAUAAUCCUAAUUUAUUUACGCCGGCUCCAGUACCAGUAGAGUCCAAUAUAGAAGCAAACGAAUUCGAUGAACCACCACUGUUAGAUGAGUUAGAAAUAUAUCCAGAUAGAAUCCUAGAGAAGACAUUGGCUGUUUUAAAUCCAUUUCAUGGACAGUCAAAAGCAGACGAUGCAAAUUUCUUACUAAGAGAUACAGAUAUUGCAGGACCAAUCGCCUUUUGUCUAGCACUCGCUGUAUGUUUAUUUUUGUCAGGAAACAAAGCCCAUUUUGGUUAUGUUUAUGGCUUGUCAGUAAUGUCUGUUAUUUUAAUGUAUUUCUUAUUGUCACUCAUGAGUCGAACUGAGGGUGUUUUUACAGUUUUAAGUGUAGCCAGUGUGUUAGGAUAUUGUAUGUUACCUAUGGUGGUUCUUGCUGGUUUAGGUAUAUUUGUGUCUCUUGAAGGAGUACUUGGUAUUUCUCUUUCAGGAGUAGCAGUGAUUUGGUCUGCAUUGUCUGCUAGCAGAUUAUUUGUAACUAUGUCAGGUGAUUCUGAGCAGAGACCUUUGAUAGCAUAUCCCUGCGCUUUAGUUAAUGGUGUCUUUGCAUUAUUAGUUUUAUUCUAAACCAUCCUUAUGUACAUAAUACUUUUAUUAUGAAAGGUGACAAAAGAACAAGAGUGAAUUUCAUUGGCACCACUAAAAACUUGUAUCACUAUUAGUCUGACUUUAUGUAAAACUUAUUUUAUACAAAAUGUAAAUAAAUUUGAAUAAAUCAUGUCAUAUGUAAUUCUCAAUCGGCAGAUAACAUUCAAUACAUUAACAUUAAUCUAACUCUUUGCAUAACAAUGUUCAAUGAUGAAAAACUAGGUAUAGAAAUGAAACAAAACAAUUAAUCAAAAUUAUAUGUAACUCAAUUUUUAAUAAAUACUCUAUACAAUUACCUAAAAUUACAUUCGGGUAUAUGUUGGUCGGUCACUGAAGAAAUUCUUUAAUAUCAUAACCUGGGCAAAUGUAACACACAUGAUUGCCAGUGUUUCACCCAUGGACCACCAGAAAACUCUUUCGUUCAAAUCCUCAGCUCGUUUACGGCCCUGUGCUUCUCUUAAUCUGUGAUGGGUUUGAUGAUCUAUGAUUCUAUUCAAUGCAGAAUGUAUUUCUUCAGCUGAUGUCUCCAACUGGAUACAUAGAUGUGUGAUAUAAAUGUAAAAAGCAAUACUUAACUAAACUAAUACUACUACUUGGAUGAAUUCACAUGACA